GAGGACCACUACGAUCCGGAGAUGCUGGAUGAUGGCCCACAUGAGCCCCUGACCAUGGCGACGCGCCUGGCAGCAGAGCGAGAGAUGGAGGCGCGAGAUCGCAGGGAAGGCCGUGCGGGCAGGUCGCCCUUGGGCCACACCGCAGACUCACCAAGACGCCCAGCGGCUGCCGUCGAGACGCCCUUCAAGAAGCGACUCUCCGACUGGAACAGCUCGCCUGUGAGCGGCUCCAGGGGUGGAUCAGACUUGGACGAUACUUCUACGAAGAAGAGGAAACGCCCACAGAACUACGACGAUGAGGACGGCCAAGACGAAGAUGUGCACGAGAGCCAAUACGACCUCAACCAAGAGAGGCUUACUCCCGGCGUGGAAGUUGAAAAGCGUGUGGCAGAUAAGAUCCGGCUGUGCUUCCAGCAGUUCCUGAUCAAGUUCGUGGCAGAGGGCCAAGUCGUCCCAAAGUACCCAGAUGCCCUCAGGAAGAUGGCUGAAGAGUACCAGGCCCAUUUGGAGGUGAGUUUCCAUCACCUGCAACAGUGGAGCGGUCCGCUUGCCAUGUGGCUUUACGAUUCUCCGAGGCAGAUCCUGCCACUCUUGAACGAGACGCUGAUGCUGCAGGCGGCACGGAAGUUCAAGACCUACGAAACGAUGGCCAACGUUGGUGAGAAUGAGCUUCGGGUUGCGAUCAGCGGCUUCCCGGUGAAAGACACCAUUCGGGGGCUUUGCUCACGCCACAUGAACAAGCUCAUCCAGGUGAAGGGCGUUGCGACGAAGCGAACAAACGUCUUCAAUCAGGUGAGGCGCUUGUGGGUGCGAUGUGCCAAGUGCAAUUUUGCUAUCGGGCCUCUGGAUGUGGCCGAGGAGACCGAUCUGCGGCCGUCCAAGUGUCUCGAGUGCCAAUCGAAAGGCCCCUGGCGGGUAGACCGGCAGCAGACCAUCUACCAGAACUAUCAGAAGAUCACGCUGCAGGAGAGCCCGAGCGCAGUGGAUCCCGGGAAAAUGUUCAUCGCCUCCAUGGCGCCUUCGAUUUACGGCAUGUGGCAUGUCAAGACAGCGAUCGCUCUGAGCAUCAUGGGUGGCAGGCAGAAGGAGGUGGCGGGGAAGCACCGCAUCCGCGGUGACAUCAACACACUCAUCGUCGGGGACCCCGGACUCGGCAAGAGCCAGUUCCUGAAGUACGUUGAGCAGAUCUUCCCUCGGGCAGUCUACACAACAGGCAAAGGAGCUAGUGCAGUGGGUUUAACUGCGGCUGUGACUCGUGAUGAGACAGGGCAGUGGUGCCUAGAGGGUGGUGCCAUGGUCUUGGCAGAUGAUGGCAUGUGCCUGAUCGAUGAGUUCGACAAGAUGAACGACCAAGAUCGGACUUCGCUUCACGAAGCCAUGGAGCAGCAGUCGAUCUCGAUCUCCAAGGCGGGAAUCGUUGCCACUCUUCAGGCGCGAUGCGCCGUCGUGGCAGUGGCGAAUCCCACAGAGGGCCGAUACGACCCCCAGAGGACCUUUUCCCAGAACGUCAACUUGAGCGAUCCCAUUCUCAGCCGCUUCGAUCUCACGUGCGUCCUGCGAGACGAGGCUGAUCCGGUGCAGGACGAGAUGCUGGCAGACCACGUC